CUCGGUAGCAGAGGCGUUAUCAACCGCCCGUUUAAGAUGACGACGAACGUUCUCAAUCCUUCGCUGCUUUUCUCCGUCGGCAACGUCUCUUCCUCUCCUGAUUUCAAAUUUCCCGCCACGUCACGAGGAAGAAGCUCUGUUCCGUUUAAAUCUGGCUCCAAACUCUUCAAAGCCUCCUCCUCUUUCACUACCCACAACGACGAGGAUUCCAGAGGAAAUGACUUCGGUGCAUUGCAUAGAAGGGAAGGACUUAUUUUCAUGGUUGCGCUGCCAGUCCUUCUUCCACUUGGUGGAUUAACACAUGGGCUUAAUGUUAAUGCAGCAGAUGAAUCUCUCAUCAUACGAGAAGGGGUGAGGAAGGUAGUUUCCAAGGGCAAAGCUGCUGGUGUGCUUCGUCUGGCCUUUCACGAUGCUGGAACCUUUGAUAUGGAUGAUAUUUCAGGUGGUAUGAAUGGUUCCAUAGUUUACGAACUUGAUAGACCUGAAAAUUCAGGUCUUAAAAAAUCUGUUAAGAUUCUAGAGAAAGCAAAGAGUGAAGUGGGCAUAAUUCAACCAGUAUCUUGGGCGGACAUGAUUGCCGUUGGUGGUGCAGAAGCAAUUUCGAUUUGUGGAGGUCCUAUUAUUCCUGUUCAGUCAGGCAGACUAGAUUCAAUGGUGCCUGAUCCAGAAGGGAAACUUCCUCAAGAAUCUUUGGAUGCUUCUGGUCUCAAGCAAUGCUUUUUAAGAAAAGGAUUUUCCACCCAAGAACUGGUUGCAUUAUCCGGAGCACAUACUCUUGGAAGUAAAGGUUUUGGGAAUCCUACUGUUUUCGAUAAUUCGUACUUCAAAAUACUUCUGGAAAAGCCAUGGUUGUCUUCAGCUGGUAUGUCAAGUAUGAUUGGGCUUCCCACAGAUCAUGCACUCGCUGAGGAUAACGAAUGCUUAAGGUGGAUUACAGAAUAUGCAGAAAGCCAAAAUAGAUUCUUUGAUGAUUUCAGGGAUGCCUAUAUUAAACUUGUCAAUUCUGGAGCAAGAUGGAAAUAUGUGUAAGAACUCAUACAAAUGUAACAUAAAGAAGUCAAUUCU